GUCUUCACUUAAUUUCAAAAUCUUUUUCAAAUGGAGAAUGGCAAAAAUCUCCCAAAGAGAUGCGCGCACAUGCAAUUGCUACACCUUUCUCCAUCAAUGCAUCCGCCUAGAGCCCCUAUAAAUAUGAGCUCCCUCUCACCACCUCUCGCCCGUCUCUUUCCAAACCACAGAGAAACCCCACCUCUGAGCCUCUCCUCACCCUUUUCGGCUUUUUCUCUUAAGAAAAUCCCACUUUCGAGUUUCUGUGGAUCUUCUCAACAAACACGCCGGGGGCUCCCAAAUUUAUUAUGAUUUCUAAAUGAUCUUCCUCUUCUGUUACUCUUAUGAUGAUUAUCGAUUCAAUUCUCAAUCCCGUUUUCUAAAAUGUCCGUGAGUUCGAGCGGGAGAAUGGAGCUUUCUUCAAUGGCAAAGAAAUGGCAAGACGGAGAGGCCAGUCCUGAGAGAACCAAGGUAUGGGUCGAGAACAGGUCCAACAGCGACAGAAAAGUCGCCGUUGUUUACUACCUCUGCCAUAAUGGCCAGCUCGAGCACCCUCAUUUCAUGGAAGUUCUUCUCUCUUCUUCCCGAGGACUCUUUCUCAGAGAUGUGAUGAAUCGCUUGAACGUUCUUCGAGGAAAGGGCAUGGCCAACAUGUACUCCUGGUCUUCUAAGCGGACCUACAGAAACGGGUUCGUGUGGCAAGAUUUGUCCGAGAACGACAUCAUACACCCCGUUUACGGCCACGAGUACGUCCUCAAGGGAUCAGAGCUUCUCGAAAGUUCUUCGAGCUUUAGAUUUUACAAGCCACUUCCAGUGCAAGAUCCUCCUCUGGAAUCGAACGAUUACGGCGCGGAUUGCGAUUCUCCGAUCAUCAUCCGAAGGAGAAAUCAGUCUUGGAGCUCCUUCGAUCCUCGCGAAGGUAAAGUCUACAGGGCCGAAUCCUCUGGCGACUUCGCCGGGAAGGCCGCCGACGCGGCGACGCAGACAGACGAUAGGCGUCUGAGAAGCAGAAGAGCGGUGAGAGACGAGGACGAAGUUUACGGGAACGGCAACAGUACAGAGCUAAGCAGAGAAGAUAUCUCGCCGCCUCCGUCGAGUUCGAGCCCAGAAGUGUCUUCGGAUGUCGCGAACGUCGACGGAGUCGUGAACCGGUCGCGGGUGGUCGUUGACGAGUCAGCGGAUAUUCGAAAUCAGACGGCCGGCAGUGACCGACCCAGUGGGAGGAUGAAGGCAUCUGCGGUUCUGAUGCAGUUGAUCUCGUGCGGAUCGGGUUUGGUCAAAGAUGGGGAGUCAACAUUGAGGAAGAAUCAGGAGUGUUUGGCAAGUGCAGAGUACGAAACUAGACUGCAGCGCGAUGCAUGGAAUUGAAAUGAUUUUUUUCUUUUCGGGAAAUCUUAGGACAAGACGAUUGUCACUUGCAGUAUUUUUGUUAUUGAGUUCUCAUCCUAGAAUAUUUGAAAAAAUUAUUACUA